AUGACAAAGACAAAUUAUAGUAUUAAGGAUCUGUAUUAUGACAUUUAUACGAUCAAUGACUAUUUUUGGGAGGAUAAAGGUCAAUUAAAAGUUAAUCCAAAAUACAAAUCAAUCCACAAUUAUUGUCAUUACGAGAAUAACUCAAGAGAUAAUAAUUGCCAUGAUUAUUUUCAAUUGGCUAGUUGUGGUGUUAUUUAUUUGCUAAAAAAUUUAAAGAAGUAUGGUUUAGAAUAUGAUAAAUUUGCCGAAUACGUUAUUUUAUGGUUAAAUUAUAAUCUAAAUAUAAAGACAAAUAAUGAAUUUACCAAUUUAAACGAAUUUUAUACUAAAUAUAUAGAAAAUAAUAACUGUUAUAAUGAUAAAAUAAAAGGUGAUGAUGAUCUGAGUUAUAAGGAUAUUAUAAAUAUAAAUAAAGAUUUGAUGGGUAUGGAUAUUAAAGAAAUAUCUAAAUUUAAUUAUCCAUUUAAUAUAUUAUUUUAUUUGUAUUAUGAAUAUCAUCAUGAAUAUUGGAAUUGCGAAAAAAAUGUGGGAUAUGCUAAAAAUUUUGUUCAAAAUUUUGAAGAACUCAAUGAAGAUUCUAAGAAUAUAGAAGGCAGUCUCUAUACUCAAAUAUUGUCUACAUUAUCAAAUGAUUAUAUCAAUUUAAAAAAUAUAUAUUAUGAAAAGAAUUAUUGCAAUUUUCCAUCUAUUCCAGAUUUAACCCCCAAAAAAAUAUCUGCACAAAAUCCUGUAGGAAAUUCUGUAGAAAAUUCUGGAAAAGGUGAUGAACAAAUAUUGGGACAGCCAUCUUAUAGUAUUGAGGAUGUGUAUAAAGAAAUUAAUACAAUCGAUGGCAAUUUUGGUGUGAACGUGGAAAAUGGAAAACCAGUUGAACAUGCUAAAGGACCAAUCACAAAAUAUUGUCCUUACAUUACUGCCACAAAAUCUAAUAUUUGUACUAAUUAUAUUGAAAUGGCUAAUUCUGGUGUUAUUAAUUUGCUAGAUAAUUUAAAGGACAAAUUUGAUUCAAAAUAUGAUAAACUUGCCGAAUACGCUAUUUUAUUGUUAAGUUAUAAACUAAAUCAACAUUCACAAUAUAGCAGCACCAAUUUAAAUGAUUUUUAUACUAAAUAUAUAGAAAACAAUGAGUAUUAUAAAAAGAAAAUAAAUGGUGAUAAUGGUCUGACUUAUAAGGAAAUUAUAGAUGAAAAAAAAGAUUUGAUGAAUGCUAAAGAAAUAUCUAAAUUUAAUUAUCCAUUUAGUAUAUUAUGUAUAUUGUAUAAUGGAAUUAAAACAAACAAUAGGUAUUGUAUAAACUAUUCGAAUUAUCCUAAAACGUUAGCUAAUGAAUUUGAAAAACUUAAUAAUGAUUCUAAUAUUAAUGGAAAUGCUUCAUAUAGAAUAUUAUUGUCUACAUUAUCAGAUGAUUAUAACAAUUUAAUAAAUAAUUAUGAUUAUAUUAAAUCUUGCAAUUUUCCAACCCUUUCACCGGUAAAAACAUCAUCAAGUUCGUCGAUAGCAAGCAAAUUAAUUCCAGGUUUAUCGAUAUCUUCUGUAAUAUCAGCUUUCUUAGGAAUUGCUUAUAAGUAUUCAUUAUUUGGAAUUGAUAAACUAUUUCAAAGACAAUAUAUAAGAAAAAAAUUAAAACAAGUAAAGAAGAAAAUGAAACUUAAUAUAUGA